AUGGAAUUCUUUGGUACAGGGGAUGCUCUUAAAAAAUAUGGUGGUUCGGUUAAUCCAAGUGUGGGAGAUUCAAUAACUGUGGAGCUGCCUCUCCUCCACAUCCAUCAAAUAGCGACUGGGUUGGGAUUGCUUUCUUUCGAUCAUCUCAGAGAUAUUUGGAUGAGCCUCAAUUUUUUCGAGCCAGAAUCUUCUGUCAGAACACCUUUGGGUUUUUAUUUGCCUCGCGAUCAUCCAAGCCUCACGGAUGCCUCAACCAGUCAUCGGUUUUCGUUCGAAACGCAUUAUUCUUCAACUAGAGAUUUGGAAGAACUCAAAACAAGCUCGAUUAUAAAGGAAUGUAGGGCCCGUUUGGUUUACAAGAGAGAUUUGGAAGAAUUCAGCCAUUGA